CCUCCACCCUCCACCCCCGUUUGACUCCGGCGACCCCAAACGGCGAAGGCAGAAGGCGUCAGAAGGUGGCUUGACAAUAGCCGGAAGCAGGUAGUUACAGGCGGUUCCAAACUCCAGCAAGCCGGAGUUUAACCCCGACGAUUCCUGGUCACUUUCAGAAAAAGAACGAAGUGCGCAAACAGGUUCAAACCAAAGAAACCCAACAAGAAGCACUGUAAUCGCACCAGUCUCCCCGGUCGUCUUCUCCGGCCAAGUUUAUCCAGGUCAAUUUCAAACCAAACGAUGAAACGCACAAAUAGGGACCCUAACCCCAGCGUCGGACUAACCAGGCGCGGAAUAACAAAAAUAGCAAGCUUACCUUAGUUUAGUAACAUCCACGGCCAGAAAGGUUAACGAACUCGAUCAUACCGGAGUAAAAUUACGAGUUUUCAGGAGGAAAAACCGUCGGUGAUUGCGAACUCCAAAUCCCCAGCCUUGGCCAAGCUCGGAAUCCGUAACGAAGCAGUUAUGAGUGGUGGCCGCAUCCAAGCCCUGCGCCGGGAACCCCUCACCCAGGCUGCCACAAACAAACACCACCACCCUUGAAACAAAAUGAGACCUGCGAGUUCUCAGAAGCAGCAGGAGAACAAGCAAGUACCUUAGCACUCUGGGAGUCUGAAGUGCCAUAGACGAGCGUCCCCAUCCACUCAUCCCCAGCAUUUAGAAAAUCCCCAACCAUUCCGGCGUCCGGUCCGAAGACGAUGGUGCUGCAACCGCCGGAGAGCUUUCGCCCUGGUUGUGAAGUGAAAAGGGGGAAGAUGACGGCGGAACACAACGGUCCUCCCCUGAAGUAUAAACCAGUAGUCAAGGAACUACCAGACCCCUUCUGGCCAUCUCUGCUACAAACUCAGGCUUGCUCACAACCCAGUACGCCGGCCAAGACACUCCGAGUAAGGAGUCAACGUCAACGAACCUGUGCGGGACCAAAGGCCAAAUCCCCAAACCUUCCAGCACCAAGCUACCAUGGCCAACCCGUUCACCUCCGUCGCUCACCCAAACUGCUUCGACCCCUCCAAGAGUGAGGCAUCCGGCGUUACUGACUGUUGGUAUGGCAGCUCAGUUUUUUCCGGCGAGUUUUCAUCCCCAGGCCACCAGCAGUUCAGCCUAUCUGACGUCCCAAACUACGAAACCCAAUAGUCAAAAGUCCUCCAUAAUUUCCGGCGAAGUCCGGCCAACAAGCU